AUGCGUCUGGAAAACAAAGUUGCCCUCAUUACCGGCGCUGGCCGGGGUAUCGGCCGCGCCAUCGCCCUGGCCUAUGCCGGCGAAGGAGCCAACCUGGCCUUGGCCGCCCGCAGCCUGAACGAGUUGUCAGAAACGGCACAGGCAGCCCAAUCCCUUGGCGCCUCCACCUGCGUAGUCAGCGUGGACGUAACCGACCAGGACGCCGUGGCUGGCAUGGCCCGUCAAGCGGAAGAGAAUUUUGGACGGAUAGACAUCCUGGUGAAUAACGCCGGUAUCGUGGGGCCCAUUGGCGCCUUGGAGGACAACGACGUCAAUGCCUGGAUCCGCACCAUCCAGGUCAACCUGGUGGGGACCUACCUGUGCUGCCGGGCGGUGAUUCCCAUAAUGGCCAAGGGCGGCGGCGGUCGAAUCAUCAACCUGUCCGGUUCGGGCUCCACCUCCGCACCCUACCAUCUGUCGGCCUACGGCUCAUCCAAGGCCGCCAUAAUUCGACUGACUGAAAUUCUCUCCCUGGAACUGGCCGAAAAGAACAUCCAGGUCAAUGCCUUGGGGCCGGGUUCCAUCCACACCCGGAUGUGGGAGGAGAUUACCGGUCAGGCCCAGGCCGUCGGGGGACACCGAGCUCUACGAGUUUGGAUUGCAGGUUAA